UAAAAAUAUUUGGUUAUAGAGGUUGGAAUUUACGUUGUAAAUAAAUGUUAUUCAAAAUAAUAGAAAAUGGAAGUUAAUAGAUCAAAUUUUCAAGAUUUACUCCCGUUUAUCGAGACAUGUAUAGAUGAAUGUGAUUUUAUCGCACUUGAUACUGAAUUUACUGGCAUUAAUAGUAAUGAAACUCCAACAAUUUUUGAUACAUUACCAGAUUAUUAUAAAAAAUUAAAAAAUGGAUCAUCAGAAUUCUUACUUUUACAAUUAGGUUUAGUAACAUUCAAAUACGAUGUAAAUACCAAUAAAUUUAAACAAUCAGCAUUCAAUUUUUACAUAUUUCCAAUACCACUUCCUGGCCUUAAUCGUAAUGUAAACUUUUUAUGCCAAUCUCAAAGUAUAUCAUUUCUUGCAUCAACUGGUUUUGAUUUCAAUAAAGUAUUUCAUGGAGGUAUUUCAUAUUUAACAAAAGCUGAAGAAGAAACAUACAAGAAACAGUUAGAUGAUAAACGAAAGAAACGAGCGGAUAAUCAAAAUAACGAUUAUAAUAUUUUAAAUUUGAAAGAACAAGAUCAAAUAGAGGUGGAGUCUAUUAGCAAACGAAUUGAAGAGUUUUUAAAAUCAGCCGAACCAAACGAAGAACUUGUGUUGGGCAAAUAUAAUUCAUAUUUACGAAGAGUAAUUUAUAAUAAUGUUGCCGAAAAAUUUAAGGGAAAAGUUGGAUUUGAUAUAAAAUCGAGUUUAGAGGAAUCUAAUAGUAUGUGCACAGUUGUUGCAUAUUUACGAGGUAAUAAGCAACAACAACAAGAACGAGAAAAUGAAAAGCAACUUGAAGAGGAUAAGAAUUUGCAACAAGCUGUUGGCGUGUCUUAUGUUAUUCGACGAAUAUCGGAAUCGGGUAAAUUAGUGGUUGGACAUAACAUGUUUUUAGAUAUAAUGCAUAUAACGAAUCAUUUUUUACAAAAAAUUCCCAACGAUUAUUAUAGUUUUAAGGAUAUCAUCAGUGUAUGUUUUCCAAAUAUUUUAGAUACUAAACAUAUGGCAAGUUGUUCACCGUUUGACGAAAAAAUUCGUUUUUCUACUUUAAAUCAUCUAGUGUCGACUUUUGAAAAUCCAGAAAUAGAUGUAGUGUCUGGUGGAAAAGGUUAUACAGUUUCCGCUGAUAAAGGUCAUGAAGCUGCAUAUGAUGCAUUUAUUACGGGUGUUUCAUUUUUAUCUAUGCUAAAAUUUAUUGAUUGUGUUUUUCCACUCGAUUAUUCAGUUUUAGAUCCUUAUCUAAAUAAAAUAUUUGUGUUCAAAUUAACCGAUAUUCCAUAUAUGAAUAUUGGAGGUGCUGAUUUGAAACCAAAACGGGAUCACAUUUUGCAUGCAUCAUUUUCCAGUAACUGGAAAACUAAAGAUAUUGAAACAUUCUUUCAUGGCUAUGGCCGCAUCUCAGUUGUUUGGAUAAACGAGUCAAGUGCCUAUGUGUGUUUGCCAAAUGAGGCAACAGCAAAAAAAGCUUUAAAGGGUUUAAGCAAAAGUAAACAAUGUAAAUUGUUAUCAUUUUUUAAGUAUGAAGCUUUAAUGAAUGCUGCAAAACCAUUACCAAUUAAAGAAUCCCUGAAAGAGAAAAAAGAAUUUCCAUCCUAUCCUGAAAUUCCAGCUAGCAAAAUAGCAAAAUUACUCGGAUGUGCCAGUUCCCCUGAACAUGAUUCCGAUGAAGAGAUUGAAAUUGAAAAUGAAAAAAAACCGUUACAAAUUUUAACAUGCUCAAAAGUAUCGCCUGCAGUUAAACGACACAUUGAAGAAGAUGAAGAAAGUUUUGCUGAUGAAGAAGAAGUAGUCCCAUCGAAGAAAAAGAUUUUUAAUGAAGACAAUACUUGGGAGUAACUUUUUUAAAAAU